ACGGAUAUUCACUGGCGAUGACGUCGGCUAAUGGGACUCGUAUCCUUCCUUACUUUGCGAGUAAAUCUACCUUCUCGUGUCUACUCUCUUCUUUUUUCUUUACCAGUGGUAGUAACGCAGACUUACGUCUGAAAACUUGAAGGGUUCAAAAUAAGUACACUGUGCAUAGUAAUGAAUUAUGUCUGUAAUGUUAGUGUCCACGCGUUUAUCUGCUUGCUCUUGUUCCCUUUCAUAGGCCCUGCAUAAACGAUAACUACUCAUCCCAAACAUCGUAUACGAUGACUUCUAUGGAUACAGAUGAACUUCCUGUUGUACUCCCUUCUACUACCACUACUAGUGGUCUGACAAUCGCGCUCCAUCCACUCCCCAUUCUCAACAUCUCAGAACACUUCACUCGUUUGAAGCUCCAGAAACGACAGAGCCUUCCAUUUGUCCUAGGAGCCCUCCUCGGUACUCAAACAGGGCGAGAAGUCGAGAUCGUGAACACAUUUGAGCUAGCUGUUCAGGAUGACCAAGUAACUGUGGACCAAGAAUUUUUCGAUGCGCGGCGAGAUCAAUACAAACAGGUCUUCCCUUCACUCGAGUUCAUUGGGUGGUAUACAGUCGCUGCAUAUCCAACAGCGAAACAUAUAGCCUUUCACGAACAAUUCGCAACUCUCAUCCCUACGCCACUCCUACUAUUGCUCAAGCCUUCGUCGUCGUUCGCAGCUUCUGCGGACUUGGUCGUCCAAACUCUACCCUUCAAAGCAUAUGAGCCAACAAUAGAAAUUCGAGAUCGGAAAGCUCGUUCUGUGUUCAUCGAGGCUGGGUACACCGUUGAGACAGGCGAAGCGGAGCGAAUUGCGGUAGAUUGGACUGCGAGAGGUGGUUCAGGCGGUACUAGUCUGGAAUCCCACCUCAGUUCACAAAGGGCUGCCGUGAAGAUGUUACACGAUCGAAUACUCUUGCUGGUCAAGUAUGUCACCGAAAUACUGGCUGGCGAGGCCAAGAAGGACCAUGCAACUCUGAGAUCCCUAUCAGCACUCAUCGCAUCGCUGCCUGCGAGCGAACAUAAGGGCUUCAGAGAAGAAUUCGAGAAGGAAUAUGAGGACGUACAGCUCACUGCCUUUCUUUCAUCUCUGACGAAGUCAACCAACAUUCUCAAUGAUCUUGUCGACAAGCAUAUAGUCUUCACUGCCCAAAGAGAAGAACGGGGCCCCGGCGCUGGUAGAAGGCGAGGACCGCGAGGCAUGAUGGACUUCCAUUGACAGCUCUCCUCUCCUUCGCGAUCAUACUUAGUGUCUCUUUCCAUCUUCUUCGCAUCACAUAUUGUUCUCAUCCAUGUAAGAUCAGCAGAGGGCUUUCCCUUACCACCCCUGUACAUUGUAGCCAUCACCCAUCUAGAGUUUGUCUGGAAGUUUAUAGUCAUCUUGUCUGACGUCUAAGUCGGACUCGGCCUGUGUGAGCUCCC